GAGACUGGGGUGGGGGGGGUCAACUGGCAGCUCAAGGGAGGAGCUUGAGCGUCAGCCACUGUCCCAGUUCUGCCAGCAAUCGUGUCUAGUCUCUGAUUAUUGUCGUACCGUCGUCGGUACGCCGCGGUACUACAGAGACCAGUCGCUCGCUGCCCGCCAGGAAUAGCCGCUGACUCGAGCUGCAGCAGGGAAUGGAAGCGGAGAACGCGGGCAGCUGCUCCCUUCAGCAAGCUCAAGCUUUUCACACAUUCCCGUUCCCACAAGUGAUGGCCGGCGCUCCUGACACGGCAGUUAUGGGCGAGCAGCACAUGCAAGCAGAAGUCCCGGAACCGGCGCCUGCGCAGGGACCUGUGCAAGAGACUCCAAAAGGAAGGAAAAGAAAACCCAGAGCAACAACACCAAAAAAACCAGUAGAACCCAAAAAGCCUGCUGAGGCCAAAAAAUCUGGCAAGUCUGCAAAAUCAAAAGAAAAGCAAGAAAAAAUUACAGACACAUUUAAAGUGAAAAGAAAGGUAGACCGUUUUAAUGGUAUUUCAGAAGCUGAACUUUUAACCAAGACCCUGCCGGACAUUUUGACGUUCAAUCUGGACAUUGUGAUUAUUGGCAUAAACCCGGGACUAAUGGCAGCUUACAAAGGGCAUCAUUACCCUGGACCUGGAAACCAUUUUUGGAAGUGUCUGUUUAUGUCAGGCCUGAGUGAGGUCCAGCUGAACCAUAUGGACGAUCACACUUUACCAGGAAAGUAUGGUAUUGGAUUUACCAAUAUGGUGGAAAGGACAACACCAGGCAGCAAGGAUCUGUCCAGUAAAGAAUUUCGUGAAGGAGGACGUAUUCUAGUGCAGAAAUUACAGAAAUAUCAGCCCCGAAUAGCAGUGUUUAAUGGAAAAUGUAUUUAUGAAAUUUUUAGUAAAGAAGUUUUUGGAGUUAAGGUUAAAAACUUAGAAUUUGGACUUCAACCCCAUAAGAUCCCAGACACAGAAACUCUCUGCUACGUUAUGCCAUCAUCCAGUGCGAGGUGUGCUCAGUUUCCCCGAGCGCAGGACAAAGUUCAUUACUACAUUAAGCUGAAAGACCUGCGAGAUCAGUUGAAGGGCGUUGAACGAAACACAGACGUUCAAGAGGUGCAGUAUACGUUCGACCUCCAGCUGGCCCAAGAGGAUGCAAAGAAGAUGGCUGUUAAGGAAGAAAAAUACGAUCCAGGUUACGAAGCAGCGUAUGGCGGUGCUUAUGCCGAAACUCCGUGCAGCAGUGAUCCUUGCGGCUUCUCCUCCAAUGGGCUGACCGACAGCAGAGAGUCCGCCUUCAGCGACAUUCCAGAUGGGCAGUGGAUGACCCCGGGGUUUACGGACCAGAUUCCUUCCCUCAGUAAUCACUGUGGGACGCAAGGACAGGAAGAAGGACACCGCGCUUGAGACGGGGGUCCCUCAGCUCUACCUAAGUGCUGCAGUUUUAAUGCAGUUGUCAAGACUGGCUCUCAGUUUGCUAACUGAAGCAUUUUGUUAGUAUUUUAUUCUGGUGAUAGAAUCGUAAUAUGGUCGUGCGGGAGAAUCAACUGUAUAACCGAAGUGAGUUUGGAAGGAAAAAGCAUGGUUUUUUGAGGUUUUGUAUUUGAAUUAACCACCAUUCCAGCUUUUUACAGAGUAUGUUUCAUUAUGAAGAAAUUGAUUUUCUUUUGGGAAUCACUUUUAAUCUGUAAUUUUAAAAUGCAACUGCCUGAAUAUUUAUACUUGAUUAUGAACUGUGCGUAAACCCAGACAUACCAUUACUCCUCUUAUGCCUAAGAAGGGCCCUGGUCAAGAGGCAGGUGUGUUGACUUCUGGAUGGAAGUUAGCCCACAGUGGAGUCCCGCUGGGUGGUGGUUAGCGGGCUCUGAUGGGCUCCCUGGGGCGUGUUCACCCUCAGACCCCUUGGCCUCCCCAGCGGGGAGUGUUGGGGAGGGUUGCUCAGCAAUAGAAAUAAUCAAGUGUGGCCUUCCGGCAGCAAGGCUAACCCAGCCUUCUCUGACAGGGCACCGAGCCCUGCCUUUGGCCUCCUCACCCCUGCGUGGUAAUCCUCUAGUACAGGCAGAAGCUGCUCUGCCAGGGUGGUGAGUUCCAGAGAAUGCAGUCGGCCUUCUGGAGUUUGUUACCUCCUCUGUGUUUUACUUGAGAGACAUAACAUUUGACAGGGAAGGAACUGAAUUUUCCUUACAUUAUCUAGCACCUCCUUGGCUUUAAGGGUAUAACGUGGAAGGUGGUGAGAAAUGAACUCAGGCUGAGCAAUAAGACACUGGGGGUGUUUGAUAAUCUUAUUUAAACUGGUGCUUUAUGUGUGUGAGAUGUAUUAAAAUAACAGAAUUUUUCUUGCUGUGUAAAUCUAAUAAGCAGGAACUUAAAAGGUUUUCUCUGCAUCAUCGCUCUUACUGUGGACUAAGUGAGCCUCGUGGCAGGGUUAGUUCGAAGUAACGUACUUCUGUGAUUUCCUAAUGCCUUUUCCAUGGUGCUACACAGAGUCCAGGCUGCUAGGCCUGGCAGGUAGUAAAGCUGGGAAUUCACAAAUGCCAUUUGCAGCUACUCCUGGUCACUUCUGAAGUGGUUUUCAAUAUGAAAAUAUUUAUGAGGCUUUUUUUCCUAAGAGAGUAUAUGGCUUGUUCUUCUCUAUAAAUAAGAGAAACAAAUUCUUGUGAGUCUUAACAUACUUUCUAGCUGUGGCUCUGAUGAAUUUUAUAUUUCCUUUAGUCUAGGUCAAGCUGUGGGAAAGUCAUUCAUGCUAUUUAACUCCCGUACUGUACCGCUGUUUACAUGGGUGCUGCGUGCGGGCGCUGUGACGUGCCUUGCAUCAGGGAUUAGGAACAAUUGAAUUAUUUUUUCACGGGACUGUGUAAGCAUGGAAGUAGGAAUUGCUUUGGUGUGUAAUGAUUGUAGCCUUACAGUAGAUUCUUUUUUUUAAUUUGAGUGGAGAAAAUACCCUUUAAAUUAUAAUGGACACUCAUUAGAGAAUGGAUUUGAGCAUUUUCCAAGCACACAACAAUGGUGUUUUUCAUUACAUUCGGCAGAUGAGUAGUAAACAUUGAUAUAUCUUAUAUGUGACAACUUAAGACUUUUUCAUUAAAUAAUAUUGGAAAGGUUUUUCAAUUCA